AUGCACGAUGUACAGCAUGAUACGUCGCGUUGGCUGCGGAACCCCGAAAGCGAUAGCUGCCGACGAAUUUGCAGUAAUCGUAACAAUCAUCUCCCAACUGUAACGGAGCGAAAUGCACCGAAGCGGAACGCGGGCUCGGGUUUGAUCCACAGACGGUUAGCGCAGAACAAACAAUCGGAGCCGGAGCGUUCAGCUAAUAUUGCGAACCGACCGAAUGUCGUCGAGUGUACCUUUUUGCCGGUAUUAGCGCAAUCCAAUCCCCACGCGGUGUCCCACGCUCGCCGACACGCCGACAAAGGGACGCCCCUUUGUCGGCGCAUCAAACGCCACGCGCCGCCGCCCGCGCCGUCCAGCGAUUUCGAGCCGCGACGCGUACCGGGAAUCUUCGGAUCGGUGGCGACAGCGGAUGCUGCAAAUUGUUCCCCGAACUACAUACCGAGCCCCGAAAACGUGUUCCACACCGCCCGGGGGCUUGCAGUUCUAUCUUCAGCGUCGCUCCGUUUGAAUUUUUCAUCGCCUCAGGUCAUUACCGACGGUGCGCAGAACGUUAGGAACCUGCACUUCAGGGACAAUAGCCUACAACGACGGUACGACUGCGCUGCG